AUGUCAACAUCACCCGGCUCAGUCAAGAAGCGCAAGGCAUCCGACAUGGCCGACACAGAAUCUGAUCCUCACCGGCGGCUGGAAAACCCUGCCUCACCCAAGACGAAAUCCAUCAUGGAUCAUCUUCCGUCCGAACUAGUCAACCAGAUUCUCGAUCAUCUCAUACCCAUCCUGCCUGAGAUAGGCGAGCCAGCUCCAGAAGCAUACGACAAGCUUGUCCGCGAAGACCCAUGGUACGACUACACCCGCCGUCGCAGCGCCUUGCGCAACCUCUGUCUCGUCUCCCACUCCUUCGCCGACCUUGCUCGCCCAUAUCUCUAUCACACCAUCGCUAUCACUAGUGAAGAGGUCCUGGUGCUGCUCUUUCGCACCAUCACCGAGACUCCAAAGUACUGUGGUUGGACCCGCUCCCUCAGUUGUCACAUCACCUUGACCAACAGGCGAGUAGUUCGCAAGACAAAGCGCUGUCUCAACAAGCUGCUACCAACAUGGCGGGAAGGCAAAGGGCUGGCUUUUGUCACUGGCUAUCUCGAGAGUCUACAAAUGCGGCUUGCUAGCACCAACCCAGAAGACUACUAUGAGAUGCCCCAGGGAAUAUUCGGCAUGACCAUCUCCGCCCUGCCUUCACUCGAGACACUGCUGCUUCAGCUACCUGCGAUUGAGGAUGAUCGCGAUUAUUUCGAACUGCUGAGCUGUUUGAGAAUCACAAUGUCCUACUUUGACACAGCUGAGGGUGAAAAGUGCCGUCGCUACCUCGACAUCCUGCCAGAAGAUAUCAAGACUAUGAUCCCCGACCGGGUCGAAAACAAGGCUCUCACCCCCUUCCAGCACCUCACCACUCUGCUCCUCCAGGGUGACCCAUCAGUCGAGGACCCUACCACACUCGACGGCGAAGACGACUUGGAUGGUGACCCUCCCGAGGUCUUUGGUGUCCAAAUCCGCCACUAUCACCCUAUGUUCGAGCUUCUCCCCGCUCUUACCACCCUCGAAGUAUCCACCGACGACGGCCUGUUUACCUUCCUAGAGAACGAGGAAGACCUAACGGAUAUCAUCGCCAUAACCAGACCCACCUCCUCUCCUUUGAGCCACACCAAGCACGUCUACCUCCACUCCUCCGUCGCCGACCCGCGCAACAUUGGCAGGUUACUCAGACAUGCGCCAGACCUUGAGACGCUCUACAUGCUCCCCCGACGUGUGGACAGCUUCCACAGGAUACCGCCGCAGGACGCCACCCAAGCAGACCACGAUUGCCUAGACCAAGCUCUCGAAAAAUACGGCAACAAGCUGAAGCAUCUGGAUCUCAACUGGUUCGACUGCCAAGGCUCCGAAGCCAGCAUCGGCGUCGGCGGACGGCUCUCCACCCUCCCACAACUAAAAGAGGUCGAAAAGCUAUGCCUCCAACUCGUCAUGCUGUACGGAGACCUACCAGCCGGCGAAACGAUGAUGCAGCAACGGCCAGUAGUGGACUUGUUACCGCCCAACCUGGUCGAACUAACACUAGAAGAUUGGUGGUGGGAGGGCCUCGACGAUUUCGACACGUUCUAUCGCUGGUCCGACGAGCAAAAGGAAAAGCAUUACGCGGAAAAGAAGGAAUACAGGGAGACGGUGCUGGAUAUGUUCAAAGCACUUGCUUCUGUAGCGGGAAGGAACGCUAAGCCCGGUCGGCACGACGAGAACAAGAUGCAUAGGCUGAAACGGGUGAGGUUCUUUAUCAAAACUUUACCUACUUGGAUACCGGUUGAAGACAAGGGCAACCCGUGUGUGGAGGAGAUGUUCAAAAAUGUGGGGGAGCUAUUCGAGAAGGCCGGCGUCGAGUUUGUUUUUGAAGUUGAUCAGCCGUUGGAGAUGGAAGAAGAGAUGAUGCAGUAG